AUGGUUGAAGAAGAACAAAAGGCGAGACCGAUCGUGCCAAUAAUAACGUUCGUGACGAUCAAGCCGAAGUCGGAGACGAUCAAGCCAAAGCCGGAGGCAAAGAGCAAGCCGGAAACAAAGAGCAAGGUGGAUACGAAGACUAAGAGCAAAGCAGAGACGAACAGCAAACCGAAACCAGACUCAAAGCCUAAAGCAAAGCCAGACGCAAAGCCCAAGCCAAAGCCAGAGGCGAAGACCAACCCAAAGCCGGAAGCGAAGGCUAAACCAAAGUCGGAAGCGAAGGUUAAUCCAAAGUCAGAGGCAAAGAGCAAGUCAGACACGAAGACGAAGACCAAGCCAGAGACGAAGACCAAGCCGGAGACGAAGACCAAGCCGGAGACGAAGACCAAGCCGGAGACGAAGACCAAGCCGGAGACGAAGACCAAACCCGAAACAAAGACCAAACCCGAAACAAAGACCAAACCCGAAACAAAGACCAAACCCGAAACAAAGACCAAACCCGAAACAAAGACCAAACCCGAAACAAAGACCAAACCCGAAACAAAGACCAAACCCGAAACAAAGACAAAAUUCGAGCAGAAAAAAAAGACCAAUCCAACAAAGAAGGUGAUAAUCAAUCUGGGGACAACGACGAAGAUCCAGCUGGGAGCCUAG